CACAACAAACAUGGCGGCGGCGCGGUGGAGAAGACGCUCCGGCGGGAAACAGGGGCCUGCGCCGUGGUAGCCUGCGGGCCGCGCUCGGUAGGAGCGAGGAGAGCAGCGGGACAGCCGGGCGGGCGUGCUGGGCGGCUGGGUCCCUGCUAGAUGGUGACGUCCCUCUGUCCACGGGAUGGAGGCAAGGGAUGUCCCCAUCCCUGUCCCUGCGCUGGCCACGGAGCUGCAGUUUGCCCAGCGCCUCAGGGAGCAUCUGGAAGAGAGGCAGCUCCUAGAUGGGCGCUACCGGCUGCAGGAGGUGCCAGGGGGCCGGGUGGCCCUGCCCGUGCUGGAGGAGAAGCUUGACCAGCUGCGGCUGCCCCAGGAGAUGCCCUGUAGGCUGGUCCGGAUCCAGGACCCUCUCCCCUCCAGGGCAGCCCGCCGGCGGACGCCCGCCCAGAAGCUGCGGGACGAGCUGCAGCGGCUGCUGGGCGAGAGCUGGUCAGAGGAGCUGGAGAGUGACGUGCCCCACACCUGGCAGCGGCAUGGGGACCUGGUCCUGCUGAGCGAGGACAGCUUCGGGGCUGCGCUAUGGGAGAAACUGGGUCCGGCACUCUGGGAGACGGUCGCUUCGGCUCUGGGUGCCCAGCGGCUGGCCAGGAGAGGACGGGUGUUGCCGGAUGGAAUGCGGUCCCCCAAUGUCACCCUGCUGCUGGGCCAGGACGGCUGGGUGGAGCACGUGGACAAUGGGAUCAGGUACACGUUCGAUGUGACCAAGUGCAUGUUCUCACCGGGCAACAUCACAGAGAAGCUGCGGGUAGCCUCUCUGCCCUGCUCCGGGGAGGUCCUGGUGGAUCUGUACGCAGGCAUCGGCUAUUUCACGCUGCCGUACCUGGUUCACGCAGCGGCUGCCUUCGCCCACGCCUGCGAGUGGAACAGCCACGCCGUGGAGGCCCUGCGGAGGAACCUGGCUCUGAAUGGCGUGCAGGACCGCUGCCGUGUCCACCACGGGGACAACCGGCAGCAGGGACGUGUCCGGCUCCUCUGGCAAGCGAUCCCGGGUGGAGCGAUGUCGGAGGCUGUGGAUCUCUCCUUCCUGUCCGAGGCGGAGAGGGAUUUGAUCCUUCAGGUCCUGCAGCGCGACGAGGAGCUCCGCAAAGCGGAGGAGAGGAGAAUCAGACGGCUGAAGAACGAGCUGCUGGAGAUCCGGCGCAAGGGGGCCAAGCGUGGCAGCCAGCGCUACAGUGAGCGGACGUGUGCCCGCUGCCAGCAGAGCCUGGGCCGCAUCAGCCCCAAAGCCAACACCUGCCGGGGCUGCAACCACUUCGUGUGUCGGGACUGCCGUUCCUAUGGCCCCAAUAGCUCCUGGCGCUGCAAAGUCUGCUCCAAGGAGGCCGAACUGAAGAAGACGACGGGCGACUGGUUCUACGACCAGAGGGUCAACCGCUUCGCCAACCGGCUGGGCAGUGACAUGGUGCGGCUGUCCCUGCGAUACAGGUCGGCAGCCACCAAAAGAGAGACCGUGGGACAAACCCUCCUCCAGAAAGCUCAGCUUGGCGAGCCCAAAAGCUCCUCCACAGCCCAGCAGCAAAGCCCCCCAGCACCCCGGGAGGGGCCCAGUUUGUUUCCGGAUGCCUCAGACCCUCGGGAUGGCAAAAGUGACACAGAGUCCAUGGAAAACAUGAGCCUGGAUGGCUACAGAUCUAGUCCUGGUGGCACGAGGGGCAGGAGUAACUCCUUGGGGAGAGCUGCCCCUCUCAGAGAUGGAAAACAGGUUGCUGUGCCAGCAGGACCCGCUGCCUCCAGCCUGACCCUCCCUCUCCGCUCCAAGAACCAGCUCUCCGACGGACGGGAUGCCACCAUGGGAAGACACAGCAGCGCCUUGGUCGACGAGCAUGAAACAAUAUUCAAGAAGAAUCCCCGGCGGGUGGUGAGGCCUGCGGACUAUACCAAGUCGGUGAUCGACCUGCGCCCGGAGGACUUCGUAGGGGAAGGUGGCUCAUUGGGGGACAGGAGCAAGUCAGUCCCUGGCCUCAACACAGAGCUGGAGGAGGAGGAGGAGGACAUCGAUAACCUGGUGGAGAUCCAUCGGCAGAGGGUGGCCCGGGGCAGCAUGCGCAGCGGCACCUCUUCGAGCACGCUGGGGAGCAUGGUCAGCAUUUACAGCGAGGCCGGUGACUUUGGCAACGUGGCGGUCACCGGGGGAAUCUCCUUCUCCCUGAGCUACGAGCAGAAGACGCAGACCUUGUUCAUUCACGUGAAGGAGUGUCGCCAGCUGGCCUACGGGGACGAGGGCAAGAAGCGCUCCAACCCGUACGUGAAGACCUACCUCCUGCCUGACAAAUCCCGGCAAGGGAAACGCAAGACGACCAUCAAACGCAACACCGUCAACCCCCUGUACAAUGAGCUGCUGAAGUAUGAGAUUAACAAGUCCCUGCUGCUUGCGAGGACGCUGCAGUUCUCGGUCUGGCACCAUGAUCGCUUUGGCCGCAACACCUUCCUGGGGGAGGUGGAGGUCCCGCUGGAUGCCUGGAACUUCGAGAGCCACCUGGAGGAGUUUCUGCCCCUGCACGGCAAGAUUGGGGCGGAUGCUGCUGGUCUUCACCAGUACAAGGGGGAACUGGUUGUCUCCAUGAAGUACAUCCCAUCUUCCAAGCACCCUGGGGCCGGGAAUGGCAGGAAGGGCAAAAUGGGGGAAGGCGGUGAGCUCCAGGUCUGGAUCAAAGAAGCCAAGAACCUCACGGCUGCCAAAUCCGGGGGGACCUCCGACAGCUUUGUCAAGGGCUACCUCCUGCCGCACAAAAACAAAGCCUCCAAGAGGAAGACGCCCGUGGUGAAGAAGACCCUGAACCCUCAUUACAACCACACCUUUGUCUACAACGACAUCAACCCCGAGGACCUGCAGCACAUCUGCCUGGAGCUGACGGUCUGGGACCGGGAGCCACUGUCCAGCAACGACUUCCUUGGGGGUGUCCGCCUGGGGGUGGGAAAUGGCAUGAGCAAUGGGCAGGCUGUGGACUGGAUGGACUCCACGGGUGAGGAGCUGAACCUGUGGCAGAAGAUGCGUCAGUACCCGGGCUCCUGGGCGGAGGGGACGCUCCAGCUCCGCUCCACCAUGGCCAAGCUGCGGCCGUAGGCUGCAGCCCUGGCAGCGUGACUUGGCCGAGGGCCAGCAGCGCUGCUCGGGAGCCGCACUCUCUGCGUGGCUCUGCAAGGCUGCCACACCUGCUUAUUUUAUUUUAUUUUAUUUUGCUUAUACUUUAAUAAACAUGACUCUCUUGAAACAGG